AUGGAAAUUGUCCGAACCGUUGAUCGCGCGGGAACGAACGAGCUCAAGAACCGCGUGGCGGAAUCGCUAAAGAUUAUCACUAAGGCGCUCGCCGUAUACGGGCUGCGGGAAGUUGCUUUCAGCUUCAAUGGCGGAAAGGAUUCCACGGUAAUUCUGCACCUGCUGCGCGCGGCGCUGGUGGCGGCGCGCGCCAAGGGUGUGGACCUGCGGGACUCGACGUGCGCGGACGAGGCGGGCGAGGGGGACUGCGACGACGGCGCGGACCUCCCCGGGUGGCUCGUGGAGGGGUUGGCGGGAAGCAUGGACCACCGCGGAUGCCCCUCCGAAGGGUGCGAGCACGGAUGCCGCGGGGGAGGCGGAGGCGGAGAAGGGGAAGCCGGCGGGGAGCAAGCGGGGGGCGGAGGAGGUGGAGGGGAAUGGGCGGCGGAGAAGAAGAGCGAGACGGAGAACGGCGUGGGAGAGAAGGCGAGUUCGGACGAGAUGGCGGGGCUGUGCGCGAUUUAUUUCAGGGAUAAGGACGCGUUUCCGUCCAUGGACGCGUUCACCAUCGAGAUGUCGCAACGGUACGGGUUGGACCUAAUAGUGACGGACGAUGACUUCAAGGCGGGCCUGACAGCGCUGAAGAAGCAGCGCCCCGUGCAGGCCAUCUUCCUUGGCAUCCGCUCCAUCGACCCCAAUGGGAAGAACCAAGCAGUCUUCUCUCACAGCUCGCCUGGCUGGCCUGAUUUCGUACGAGUCAAUGUCAUUCUGCAUUGGUCGUACAGGGAUGUGUGGGAGUUCCUUCUUGUCACCAAGGUGCCGUACUGCCAUCUGUACGACGAAGGCUUCACAUCGCUUGGCAGUGUCCACGAUACCGAGCCCAACCGCGCUCUACUCCUCCCAAACCUUCGCCACUGCCUCAAGACCGGCCGAACCUGUGUGUCCGUCCCUCCAGUGGACCCCUCCUGGCCGCCCCCCUCUCCCUCGGCCCUCUGGUCUUUCUCCACGCCCUACUUCCGCAGCUCCAGUUGCCGCAUGACCCCUGACCUGCACGCCUCUCUCUGUGUAGCUCAAAUGCUGCUCCCCACUCGCACCGCACCCUUUGGCCGCGGCCCUCCUCCCUGCCCCGUGCACCCCAUUUGCCACCUGGCGAGAGUGGCGACGGAUAACGGCGUGGAUGUGCAUGCUCUGUUAGAGGGAGGAGCAGAGGAAGGUUCCGUUUUGGAGGAUGAAGGGAAGGGAGUUGCUGCUGCUGCAGCGGCUGCGGCCGUGGCGGCGGGAGGGAGGAGGGAGGGGGUGAAGCCUGCAGGGGAUAGGUUCCUGCCUGCGUAUUUCCUGCUGGAUGAGAGGCUGGAGCGGGCAGGUAGGAAGAAAAAGAAGAAGGAUGCGCCUGUGCCUGAAGUGGCGGAGGCAGGAGCAGAGGGGGGAGCAGCAAUGGAGGAGGAUCAGGAGGAAGAGGAGCCAGCGCAGUACGAGCCUGUGGAUGGGGAUAUGGUGGAGGAUGGGCUAGGCGUGAUUCAUGAAGACGUGGGGAGAGAGGGGUGGGGUGAUGGGCAGGACGGGGAGGAUUCGCUAAGAGUAGGGGCUGUGAACGGGGUGGCAGUGAAUGGGAGUGAAGGGGAGGGCAGAGGAGGGCAAAGUCUGCUGCAAGAGGGAGUGGUGGAUUCGCCAGGUGGGGUUGGUGGUGGUGGUGGUGGUGAUGGUGGUGGUGGGACUGCUGGGACUACUGCAGUGGGUUCGCCCAGGCCUGGCAAGCUCAGUCUUAACGUGCAGAUUUCGGACAGUGCUUUGGCUUCUUCGCGGCCUUAA